CCUCUUGCUGCACAUUGUCACCAACUCGCCACACCGCCUCACACACACGCACAAAAAAAAAAAAACUCCCUCUUCUGCCAUGGCUUACUGAUUUGUGGUGCUUGUGCGUGGAUGUCAUCACAACCUCUCUAGCCACUCUCUAUACACACACAGAGACAUUAUUGCUGCAAGCGCCAAGUGCUGCCUCGAACCAGAUGGAGGCUGCCUCUGGUCUGGUGAAAACCUCCGUGGAUCUCUUCAACCUGCUGCAUGCAAGCUACCAGAAGUUGAAGCAGCUGCCCAAAGACGUCGAUUUCAUCCAGAGCGAGCUCCGGUCCAUAGAGGAAGCCAUCAUAAAGAAUUCUAGUAAUGCGGAUCAGAACUGGACGAGCAGCAGCUGGAUCGCCGACCUCAAGUUAAUACGGCAAAAAAUCGAGGAUGCCGUUGACUUCUACAACUACAGGGUCAUCUGCAAGGAGGACGAUCCAGGAGUUCUGUAUGGCGCCUAUCACUCUGCAAAGACUUUCCUAGCUGGCCCCCGUAGCAAGCUCCUAAAGGACAUCAUGGACAUCAAGCAGCUCAUCUCUGAAGCCAAGGAGAGGAAGGGAUAUCAUCGGCAAGACCCUCCACCAGCUAAUCAUGCCACAACUGACAGAGCCUACCAACAUGCUAAUGAGGCCAACCCGCAAGGCUUGGAAACACCCAAAGGGGAGCUCAUCCAGCUGUUGCGCGCAAGCUCUGAGAGUUCAAAGAAGCUGAGGGUGAUAGCCAUUUCUGGCCUAGGUGGCACUGGGAAGACAAUCCUUGCUAAAGAAGCGUGCAACCAAGUUCACUACAAGGACAAGGAGUUCGAUUGCUGUUCUUGGGUCACCGCGUCGACAAUAGCAAUCAAGCUUAUUGCCAGAGAUGUCAACAAGCUCCUCGUGCACAUAUUUGAUAAAUUGGAGCCACCACCCCAAGGUACCAGCAACCAUUUGGCAACAGGGCCGCCAUCCGAAGAAAAUAUUAGUGAGCAUUUGCGGCAAGUAUUGGAGAAUAAGAGGUACAUUAUCAGAAUUGAUGAUCUGCAGAUGGAGACCGGCCUGUGGAUGAAUAUACAAUGUGCUUUCCCUGACAAUAACAAGAGCAGCAGAAUUAUCGUCACCACUACAAAUGACAAAUUAGCUCAGAUAUGUAGCCUGAAUUGUCGAGUUCUUAGAAUGCAGCCACUUGACAUGGGUUCUGCUCAUGCUUUACUUGAAAGAGAAUUGCCUGUCGUACAUAGGUGUCCAACCAACCUGAACCAAAGCUUGGAAAUGAUCUUGAAGUCCUGUGAGUGCCAUCCUCUUGCUAUAGUUAAUAUGGCUUGCCAUAUAAGAGAAACUGGCAACAGGUGGGAGUGGGACCAUGAUAAAUGUGAGCAGGCUUGCAACGGCAUUGGUUCUGGGUUGGUCAAUGGCACUGGAGCAUUCGUAGGAAUGAGUCAAGUGCUUAAUCGUACUUACAGCUCUGUGAAUUAUAAUACCAUGACCUGCUUGCUGUCACUGAGUACAUAUCCCAAGAAUCAUGUCAUCAAGAGGAAAAGUCUUAUAAGACGAUGGUUAGCUGAAAGGCUGAUAACAUGUAAAGACAAGCGAUCUGGUGAAGAUAUAUUAAACGAGUGCUUCACUAACUUGGUUGAACAUAACUUCAUCAUACCAGUCAAGAUUAGCAUCAGUGGAGAGGUGAAGGCAUUCCGAGUUCAUCAAAUGAUGCUGCAGUUCAUUAAAGCCAAAGCAAACUCUGAGAAUUUUGUUACUUGGAUUCAUAUUCAUGAGGGCCAGGAAAAGGAACAGGUUAAUAAUAUAUGUCGAUUGUACAUUCAUAACAGCAGUCCUAAAGAUCCCAGUAUUGGAAACAAGACUGAAUUAUCUCGUGUCAGGUCAUUAACCUUUUCCGGGCUGGCAAGCAAAACUCUGAUGAAUUUCAAGGACUUCAAAUUGCUGCGGGUAUUGGAUCUAGAAUGCUGCGAAAAUUUGAAAAAUGCCAAUCUUGAUACUAUCUGCAGGUCAUCAAUGCUGAAAUAUAUAAGCAUCAGAGGCAACGAAGGUGUAAGUAAGCUUCCUCCAAGCAUUGUGAAGCUACAAUAUUUAGAAACACUCGAUAUAAGGGAGACCAAGGUGGACAUUCUGGCUAUGGAAGUCAUCAAACUCCCCCAGUUAGCUCACCUGUUCGGGGAGUUUCAGAUACCUUCUGAGUUGAGCAACCUGGAGACGUUAUUCACCAACAAUAUCUCCAAUCUGCACACACUGGUAGGAUUCUGCAUCGAUGAAAGCCCAGCCGUGGUGAAAUUAUUGCCUCUAAUGCUCAAAUUGAUGAAGGUUAAAAUCUUGUGCCGCCAGACUACUCCCAGAAGCGAAGUGAUAGAGGAGGACCUUCUACUGUCUCUGAAGAGCUGUUUCCAAAGGAAACUGUCCGCACCGAAUUUAUCUCUUGGGUCCCUAUGCAUUGAUUUCAGUGAUGUGCGCGACCUUGACUUCCUGCAUAGACUAGAGGAACCAAGUUUUCUUCAUUCUCUCAAGCUGCGUGGAAAGUUCAGUGAAAAGUCGAGAGGACUGCCGCGGUUCAUUCUUCUAUCAGACAAUCUUAAAGAACUGCACCUUUCAGGGACUAAUCUAGGUUGCAGCGUUCUCUCGUUGAUACAAGGCCUGCAAAAUUUGCAAUUUCUAAAGCUGACCGAAGAUAUCAGCAUAACUGAAGCCGGAGAAAUUAUUUGUGAAUGUGGAUGGUUCGUGAGUCUGAAGCGCCUAUGUUUUGAUGUUCCAGUGCUGCCGAAGAUUGUCAUCCGAGAGAAGGCUAUGGAAAGCCUCAAGUCCCUCCAGCUGUUCUGUAUAGUGUUGGGUGGCUUCUCCGGCAUCACGCACCUGCUCCACCUAGAGGAAUUGGUCCUCCCUUCUAAUGUCACCGGACCAGAGGCAGAUGAUUUAGCUCUUCAAGUCAGCAGGCAUCCCAUGAGACCAAAAUUCGAUAGGCCACUAGGUGACCCUGGUAGAUCAAUAGGAUCUAAGCGGAUGUUGACUAGGAAAAAUGGCUUCCAAACCCUGAAGUUAGGGAAGACUAGUUAGGUUUGGGUUGUAAAACUGAUGUUAUGAUGUGCUCAUUAAAAAAACGAUUACAAUAUAUGCUCAAUUCUUUUAAAAAACAGAGAAAGACGGUAUACCCGCCUAUUAUAUUGAUAAGGGGAAGUCUGUUUUUUUCACCUGAUUUC